AAGACGUUACUGAUUUGAUCUGACUACCUAUAUAAAAUGUAGUUGCAAGCAAAAAUUUUAGAUUACAACGAAAACAUGUGGAAACUAGGCGUUAUUGUAUUGUUAGUAGUUUUAUUGAUUGAUAAUUCAGCAGCCAAUAAUCAAAACGAGAAUGUAGUGCGACGGUUACGACGGUCACCUUAUUAUCGCGACUGUCCACCACCGCCAUAUUGGCCACCGCCACCUCUACCACCGCCACCCUAUUGGAUGCAUCGACCACCGAGACGCUACUGGGAGGAAAGGCAGCACUAUAGAGAAUCCUAUAAUGCAGCCAAUACAGCAUCCAACUCAGGGUCGCAGCCUUACGUGCCAUGUGAAUCUUGUGGUGGUGGAAAUGGUGAUUCUGCAGUUAGCAAUGCACAAAGUGAAACAGGAUCAGCUAUUGCUGUCGCCGUUGCCAAACCUAACGCUCACUAAGGCUACUAGUACAGUAUUAUAAUUUGCACUAGUAUGUACUAUAUAUAGAAAAAAAAAGAUAAAUGUAAAAUAUAGUUAUUUUUCUAAGUGUAAUUAAAUUAUAUAUAAAAAUA